ACAGAUCAGCUCGGUCAGCAAUAACCACCCCUGCGGAAACUUUGAGUGCUUGGUUGUGAUACUCAUUUUUGCCCUCUACUGCAUUCCUGCAAAGCUGCACUGGAAAACUUCUAGUCAUGGAUGAUGAUGACAGCUCUUAUUUGGAUUUCCUUGAUCUGCUUAAUGAGACGUCUAACAUGACUGACCCAACUUAUGUCGUCAGUCAUACUGUUCAACUCUGCUCGAAGAAAACUGUGAACCAGUUUGGUGCCAGAUUUAUCCCAGUUUUCUACUACGUGAACUUCAUCCUCAGUUAUUUGGGCAAUGGACUUGUCCUCUUCAUCAUCUACAGGUAUGAGAAGUUAAACACGGUGACAAACAUCUUUCUCCUGAAUUUGGUUUUCUCAAACAUUCUGUUUGCCACAAGUCUUCCCUUUUGGGCAGCAUAUCACCUAAACGAAUGGAUUUUUGGCACAGCUCUGUGUAAGAUGGUCAGCAGUGCUUACUUCAUCGGUUUCUACAGCUCCAUCCUGUUCCUCACACUUAUGACUUUUGACCGAUACCUUGCAGUGGUGCAUGCAGUUGCAGCUGCCAAGAGCAGGAAGAAGGCUUAUGCCAUUGUUGCUUCUGUGGCAGUUUGGUGCAUUAGUAUUAUGGCAAGUGUAAAAGAACUGGUCCUCCAAAAUGUGUGGCAAAGUCCUAUGAACGGACUAAUGUGUGAGGAGUCAGGAUUUCAAGAGAGCACCAUGAAGAACUGGCGUCUUUUUAGCUAUUAUCAACAGUUUUUAGUGUUUUUCCUCCUUCCUCUUUUCAUGGUGAUGUUUUGCUACAUCAGCAUCACUAUCCGCAUCCUGUCCACUCGUAUGAAGGAGAAAUGCCGCGCCAUCAAGCUCAUAUUUGUCAUCAUCUUCACUUUCUUCACCUGCUGGACACCCUACAAUGUCGUCAUUCUCCUUCGUGCUAUUCAGAUCUCCAGCACCAGUGACGACGAAGUCCCAUGUGAGGACACAGACAGCCUGGACUAUGCACUGUACUUGACCCGUAACAUGGCCUACCUGUACAGUUGCAUUAGUCCUGUGUUUUACACAUUUGUGGGUAAAAAGUUCCAAAGCCACUUCAGAAGGCUAUUGGCAAAAAAGAUCCCGUGUCUGAAGACAAACAUCAGUCUCAGCAGCCAGAGCACCAGAACCACAUCUCAGAGGACGCCCCACUCUGCUUACGAGUAUUAGACACAGAAGAGCAGAGGACAGGAAGCAUUUUGCUCAAUUAAAACUAGUUGCUCACCCAUUAUUGCGUCAAAAUCUAGUAUUAAAACCUUUGUUAUUUCUGUUUAGCAAACUGUGGGAUUUAUUUGUUCAGGGAAUCUCCACACAGCAAACAUGGAAAAGCUAGCAUUAUAGCAUUGUGAGAGCAUUGUGAGAGGUGACUAAAAAUGUUGUGGACAGUUACUUUUAAGUAAUUCAUGAUUGUAUAGGCUGAAAAUAUGAUUUUCUUUGUUUUUUCCAUAGCUGAUGAUUUACGUAAUAAGCAGUUAACCAUCUGAUAAAUAUGCCAAUUAAACUAUUCUCUUGUAAUAUCUUUUAAUAAAUCUGUUCUCUUUUGAUAUCUUGUAAUAAAUCUGUUUUGGACAAA